UUGAAAAGUCGGUUUUUAUUUACACAUAUUUACAUGAUUUAAACGUUUUAGGAAAAGUUGAACGGUGUACUAUUAUUAGCAGAUUGUUUAAUAAACACAAAUCGUAUAAAUACAACAUUGUAAAUGAAAUCAUGGCCACUUCCAAGUUGAACUCUUCACUUAUAACAGACUUUUUCCCUCAAAGUCCAACAGCAGAAAAGGAGAAAGAGGAUUCAAAGUCAACACCAAAGAAACCAUCAAGUUCUGGAGGCACAAUUGAUGAACGUUUAUCAACAUCCUCCGUGGUUCUAACUCCUAAACCAACUCCAGAAAAAGAUGAAAAGACCGAUGAUGCUGGAAAGGAAGAAAAUCAAGAAAAAGACAAUGUUGUAAAUGCUGAAGGAGAUGCUUCUAAGCCUGACCCAUCUUGUAGGAAGGCACUUACAGAGAAGCUUACCAAGGAAGAUGAGAAGCCAGCAGAAUCGCCGAGACCUGGUUCACGACGGCGGAGGAGAAGGAAGAAACAGGUGGCAAAUAAUUCAGAACCGACAAACAGCAACUCCCCUGCAGGACCUGCAAAGCCUAAAGCUCCCAGAAAGAAGAAAGCAGAAACACAAGGCAUGAAGAACACGCUGGUUGACACUCGGGUCACGGACUACUUUGCAGUUCGAAGGAGUGACAGAAAAUGUAAAACAGAAAUAGAGAAAGAAAAGGAGGUUGAUCUUUUGGACAAAAUACUCACAGGGUGUGAAGAUGGACUGAAGGUGGUAGAAUUCGAUAACAAAGGUCGCGGUGUUGUUGCAUCAAAGGCGUUCAAGCGUGGAGACUUUGUAGUAGAAUAUGUAGGUGAUUUGAUCAGUAUACCCGAAGCCAAGAAGCGUGAUGAAAAAUACUCCAAAGACCCAACCAAAGGCUGCUAUAUGUACUACUUCAACUUUAAGAAUAAAAAAUAUUGUGUCGAUGCAACGGCAGAGUCAGGAAAAUUAGGACGCCUUCUUAACCACAGUAAAUCCAAUGGAAACUGCCAUACAAAGGUUGUAGACGGUGGAAGUCGACCCUACCUCAUUCUAGCUGCCUCACGAGAUAUUUCAGUUGAUGAAGAACUCUUGUAUGAUUACGGAGAUAGAAGCCAGGCCUCCCUCGAAUCUCAUCCGUGGUUAAAGUCAUAGCUCGUUUUGUGUGUGUUUUAGUAUGUUGUUUCCAUUCUUGGAUAAUCCAAAACUGCAAAUUUUACAUGGCAUGGGGAAAGAGCUUAGAUACCAAGCUCGUUUUGUGUGUGUUUUAGUGUGUUGUUUCCAUUCUUGGAUAAUCCAAAACUGCUAAUUUUACAUGGCAUGGGGAAAGAGCUUAGAUACCAAAAAUGUUUUAAAUCUAUUUAACAACUGUUUAUUGUAAUAUGUGUUUUGUGUAGGGCUCAUAUUCAUUCAAUAGUCGACAAACCAAUGGUGUUCUGUUGUUAUGUUAUAAGAUACAUGUAGAUUUCAAUCAACUUAUGUGGCAAAUGUUCACCGAUGAUUGUUGAAAGUGAAACUUACACAAAAUCUAUCAUAUAUACUUAACAAAUCUCCUAACUAGACCUGUCUACCAUUUUCGAUUUCUCUGUAUUGGCUUAAAUCAACACAGUACAAAAUAUUUUUUAUAUAUAGAAUUAAAUACAUACAUGAGUGAUCAAUUUUUUUACAUUUGUGGUAUUUGAAGACUGCACAUGUGUUUUUAACGUAAAACUCGAAUACUUUUAUAAAAUGAAAGAUGAUUUGAUGACAAAGCUUAUGGACGGUUGGACUACUUAUGUGCUUGGAACAAAACUAAGGUGUUUUACUAUAGCAACAGGAAGAGCUCAACAAGUGGAUUUCAAAGCUAGUCUAGUUUUCUCCAUUGGUCAAAAACUUGUUUGCGGGAGCUAGUGGCCUGGUAACACUUACUGCGAGUUAAAACUUUUUUAAUGUUUUGUUAAAUUCUUUUUUGGUUGAAUAUGAAUUUUUGGUAUAUGGAUUUUUGCUCUUUAUAGUGAUUCCUGAAUUAUUGUGAUAUCUUCCCUUCUUACAUAAACAGAUGAUAGUUUCAUUUAAAUUGUUCAGAAAAGAAUACAAAAUUUAUAACCAUAUAUGUAUGGGUCUAGUUAGAUGUUAGUAUACUUUAUUCUAUUUAUAGAGUGGAUGUAUGUCACUACGGUAUUUUAAAACAUGUACACAUGUUAAACAUGAAGUAUGUAAAUGAAUUUUAGUAUUAUUUUUCUCAAAUUUCAUUGUUCAAAUUUUGUUUUUAGCAAAGGGCAUUAAAGGAUUGUUUGUAUGUAUAUAUAUUGUAUGCUUAUGUCAGCCUGAUUCGAGACAUGUGUAUACUUAACACUGGCUUAAAUCAGAGCAUUUAAAUGUGUGUAUUGAAUUUGACUUCAUAAUGUAAUAUGGUUUAUAUAUAAGUAUUGUGAGGUUUCAGUUUAAGUCUAUCAUGAAGUCGUGUAAGUUUAUAGUUGGGGAAUUUGCAUUAAAAAAAGGCAGAAAGACCUUGAAAUGGAUAUAAGGCCAACAUUAAUUUGCUAGAUUUUCAUUCUUUUUUUUUUAAUUGGGGCCGAAAGUAACAUUUUAUUUUUAUCUUUCUGAGUUGACUGUGUUACCGUUGAAUAUGUGUUCAUGCUUUUUCUUAUUGCAUAAGGGACAAUAUAUAUACAUGUGUUUUAGACGAAACAUGAACAUGGUCAUAACAGAUCGACCGUAGGUAUGAAUAAACGCUGUUCCCGGACAGUACCAGACUGAUACACAAAUAUUGACCCUAGUUCAGCAUUUUUAUUUGAGCAAAUAAAAUUUAUGGGGCCUCUGAAAAAAAGAGGGGGCAAGCGGGGAUGAAAAUCUAGCAAAUAGUUUAUAAUGGCCUAAAUGAGUUUGGAAACCAUUUCAACAGGGUUCUUUAUCCCUAUACUAUGCUUUGGAUCUGAAUCUGUCAUAUUUAACUACAUUUUCAGGAUUGGGGUUUCCCAUUCCUGAAUGGUUGCCAUGAUAAUAUUAUUUACGUAAUUAUCAUUUCUGCAUCAUAAAUCUGCUAGCAAAACGUACGGCAAUACAAAUUUGUUAGUAUUCCACCAUGCGCAAUGUUGCCUUAUUCCACUCUGGUCAUGUUAUGUCAUAACAAGUUUCAUUACGCAAUUUUAACAUGAUUUUCAUGAAACAUACCAAAAAUAUUGUCUUAUCAGAAAUGCAUUUUACGAUAAAAUAAUGUGUAUUUUUAGUGAUUUAAACCAGAAUUAUGUAUGUAUCUAUAAAAUGGUAUUUGUACUUAGUUUUGGCAUGUACAUUUUUGCAGAUUUUGAUUUCACAAGACUACAUUGUCUGCAACCAUGGUACUUUUUUCCAUUACACUUCAUGAUAAAUAUCACAAGUAAGUUGACUGACAAAAUCUCAUUUUUAGGAAGAUUUUUUAACAAUGAGUAAUUAUUUUUGUAAAUAUUCAAAAGCCAUAUUUGUUAGAACAUGAUGCUGUUCACAUGUUAAUCAUACUCUUUUUGUGUCGCCUGAAAAGACGACAUAUAGGGGUUACUUUUGUCGGUGGCGGUGGCGUCCGCGUCCCAUUUUCGCUUGUCCGGGGUAUAUCUCCUAAAAUAUUGGUGGUAUCAACUUGAAAUUUCAUAUGUAGAUAGAUCUAAUUGAGGGCAAGUGCAGUGCACAAGAACUGUUACUCUUGCUUCCAUAUUUUUAGAGUUAUUGCCCUUUGUUAUUUUUUCAUGCUUAAAGUUUUGUCCGGGGCAUAUCUUGUAGAAUAUAAGAGUUAUCAACUUGAAACGUCAUAUGUAGAUAGAUCGCAUGGAGGGCAAGUGCAGUGCACAAGAACUGUUACUCUUGCUUCCAUAUUUUUAGAGUUAUUGCCCUUUGUUAUUUUUCAUGCUUAAAGUUUUGUCCGGGGCAUAUCUUGUAGAAUAUAAGAGUUAUCAACUUGAAACUUCAUAUGUAGAUAGAUCGCAUGGAGGGCAAGUGCAGUGCACAAUAACAGUAACUCUUGCUUUCUUAGUUUUAAAGUUAUUGCCCUUUGUUAAUUUUCAUGCUUAAAGUUUUGUCCGGGGUAUAUCUUGAAGAAUAUAAGAGGUAUCAACUUGAAACUUCAUAGCUAGAUAGAUCUCAUUGAGAGCAAGUGCAGUGCACAAGAACCGUUACUCUUGCUGCCAUAUUUUUAGAGUUAUUGCCCUUUGUUAAUUUUCUGGCUUAGGUUUUGUCCGUGGCAUAUCUCGUAAACUAUAGGAGGUAUCAACCUGAAACUUAUUCCGUAGGUAUAUCUGAUUGAGGGAAAGUGCAGUGCACAAACACCAUAACUCUUGCAUCUAUAUGUUUAGAGUUAUUGCCCUUUGUUAAUUUUCAUGCUUAAAGUUUUGUCCGGGGCAUAUCUUGAAGAAUAUAAGAGGUAUCAACUUGAAACUUCAUUGCUUGAUAGAUCUCAUUGAGGGCAAGUGCAGUGCACAAGAACCGUAACUCUUGUUGCCAUAUUUUUAGAGUUAUUGCCAUUUGUUAGUUUUGUCCGGGGCAUAUCUUGAAGAAUAUUAGAGGUAUCAACUUGAAACUUCAUAGCUAGUUAGAUCUCAUUGAGGGCAAGUGCAGUGCACAAGAACCGUUACUCUUGCUGCCAUAUUUUUAGAGUUAUUGCCAUUUUCGCUUGUCCGGGGUAUAUCUCCUAAACUAUUGGUGGUAUCAACUUGAAAUUUCAUAUGUAGAUAGAUCUAAUUGAGGGCAAGUGCAGUGCACAAGAACUGUUACUCUUGCUUCCAUAUUUUUAGAGUUAUUGCCCUUUGUUAUUUUUCAUGCUGAAAGUUUUGUCCGGGGCAUAUCUUGUAGAAUAUAAGAGUUAUCAAUUUGAAACUUCAUAUGUAGAUAGAUAUCAUGGAGGGCAAGUGCAGUGCAAAAUAACAGUAACUCUUGCUUUCUUAGUUUUAAAGUUAUUGCCCUUUGUUAAUUUUCAUGCUUAAAGUUUUGUCCGGGGCAUAUCUUGAAGAAUAUAAGAGGUAUCAUACUUGAAACUUCAUAGCUAGAUGGAUCUCAUUGAGGGUAAGUGCAGUGCACAAGAACCGUUACUCUUGCUGCCAUAUUUUUAGAGUUAUUGCCCUUUGUUAAUUUUCUGGCUUAGGUUUUGUCCGUGGCAUAUCUCGUAAACUAUCAAAUGCCACCUACACUUGAAAGUUAAAUGGCAACAUCACUGUCUAUAAAUGAAUAAAAUGCCAAUCUAACAGCUAUAAUGUCGACAGUAAAUAAUUCGUCAGGCGACACAUCCGACUCGCGGAGUUCUAGUUACACAAAGGUGUUUGAUGAUAUUUUCAUGAUUAUAAUUUACGAUGUUAAAUCAAGCCAUUCUUUUGUGAACUGUUUUUCUGCAUGUACAUGAAAAACUAUCUCAAAAAAUGUCCAUUUCUUUUUGAAAAUUUCUUCUAAAGGUUGUGAAAUUGUUAUGUAAAACAUGUUCAAACAAGAUACUCAAUUUUUCCAGUUUCAGCAGCUGUUCAGCUCAGCUGUUAUCUGGUUUAUAUAAGAGAUUUCGUUAUCAGCUGAAUGUAUUCCAUUGUCAAGUUUAUUGUUCAAAAUGAGCAUUUAAAAAUUAACCAAAUCUAUUUACAAGUUAAUGCCCUCUUAAUCAUGUACAAAAGCCCAGGUUGAAUGUCAUUGCCAUCCAUUAGCAAACUAAAGGGUUUUAAGUUUUUAUUAAAAACUUAAUAUGUAUUCAUGCCGUAUAAAAUUUACUUUAGAAAAAGAGAUAACUUUAAAAGCCUUUUUCCAAUCAUCACUAGAUUUGAUAACCAGCCAUAUUGCCUCAGUCACUCGACCCUUGAAUUGGCAAAAACUGUCUUUCCUGUGUCUGCUCUCUAAAUUUGACAAUGUACGACCACUUUUCACCAAACUUGGUGCCCUGAAAUUAGGAUGUGCAAGUUUCGUGACAGUUGGCAAUUUUGCUGUUAAUCCCAUUUGAGAUAAAUGUAGUUUCAUGGCUUCAUAUGGCUGAAUGGAGAGCAUCUUACAGUGAAAGUAAAUGUUUGGUCACCAAAACAUGGAAUAAAGAUUACUAAGGCUCGACACAGACAGCUUUAACAUUGUUUGAAAAAUAAAUAAAAUUAAGAUGGAAUUAUA